AUGAGCGAUCCCAUCAUUCAGACGAUUCUCAAGAUCCGACAGGUCAACAAGAUCAUCCUGAACCUUCAUGCCCCGAGGCGGGGAUACUUUGUGGGUGCGCUUUUUCUGAUGCUCACCAAGGCAAACGACGUCUAUUGCUUCAUGUCCAACAUGAUGCGAGACAUCAUUGUGGACCAACUAGACCUAGAUUUGGGAUACGCUGAGAUCAAUUUUUUGAUAGAAUCCAGGCAGCCUGGUCAAACAGCAAACGAAGCAAAGAACUUCUGGGAGUGUCGUUUGCCUAAGGCCCUUCAAGAGCCAAUAAGGAAGUAUUGGAGCGGUACUGGACAGAUGCCCUCCUUCUACGAAUAUUUCCUCAUUAGUCACCCGUGGGAGUUCCUGCGCCCACCCGUUAUCAAUUAUAUGACGUGGCCACGGAAGCAUGUUCAUAGGCACGAUCCCUUCACUACGGAAAUGGUUCAGAACCUCAAAAAAGCUCUGUUUCAAGGGACGCUCCAUGAAUUGUGGUCGACCGAGUCCAUGACUAGAGCACGCUGGACCGGGAAGCGCAAUACGUUCGGCGAAAGGUAUUGCAGCAUUGAGGGACAUUGGAAGCAUAUCUACUACGAUAGGGAGAAUCUCAUGUCCCGGUUCCAGUUCUGGUUGGACAAUCUGCCUGGACCUGCUGGUGGGCACAUGGAUAUGUUGCGGCUCCAUCGAUUCAAGACCAUGAACAAGUGCGGUGCCGGUAUCUUCGCUCAACAGACCCAGAACUACCUCAAGUCGGGAGGUCCUUACGGAGCAUCUACUGAGAUCAACAAGUGUCUUGCUACGCUGUUUGAUCCUUUUGCAGCUGCUCAUAUCAUCGAAAUGCGCGACAGUUGCCCUCAUUUUCGAGCAGUGGAAUGGGCAACUGCUCCUAUUUCUGAGCAUACAAAGUAUAAGUCCAACGAUACCUGGCUUACAUUCUAUCCAAAGGGCAUUCGUUAUUAUUGGGACAGACGAAACCUUGUCGAAUGGAGACUCCAUUGGAAAACGCGAGACUACAAUCGGCUGGGAAAGAGUGACAAGGGUCAUUAUCGCCGUAACAAUGUACUUUUGCACCAAUGGUGGGAAUGCGUAGCUUCUUACCAAGACUCGGGAGCCAUUCUCAACAAUCUCGCGCUUCCCAUGGAGCUUGAAGCCCUACAGGGGGCGCUCAAGUCCUUUCCAAGCCAUCCCGCGGAUAGCGAGCGCCCAGUUCUUGUUCGACGAGAUCGGGAUGAGUAUGUUGCGCGCGUGGUCAGAAAGGGUUGCGGGUAUAUGGAUGGACAUUAUUGUGUUAUGGCUUGGCGGUGUUUGGCCUGGGCCAACUAUACAGGAGCGAAUCCAUUCUUCCAUAACGAUAGGGGAUUCAAAGAAUUUGUGGGUGUGGUAUACAACCCGUACGGGUCUGUUAUGUAUAUUCCAAGUUAA